GCGUCCCUUCCCGGCGCGCCCCGCGGCCGCCCGGAGCCGUGCUGUGCCCGUUCCCAGUGUGACCUUCGCCGCUCGCCCGCCACGAUGGUGCAGACCAUGAUUCCAAAGGCAAUGAGACCCAUGAAAUUCUACUUCUCUACGGUGUAUCAAGAAAUAUGGGUUGGUGUAGCAUUAACGAGUUAUGCCUACUACAAGCUUUCAUUUGGCCGCAAAAAAUCAUCAGGAAAUAAGUCCUCUGGUUCUGGCCAUCAUUAAAGAUCUCUUCUCUUCUUGGAAUAUGAAAUUGGUGGUUCAUCAUCUUUGCCGCAAAUGAAGCGAGUCGCAACCAUAGGGAAAUGAAUGCUAGAACUGUAUCUGAUCCAUCUGCUGUAAUUGGAAAAAGAAUAAAUCCAUCAAGCAAAAAGUAAUUAAAGGUGUUGGACAAUA